AUGAGCUGCAGCAGUGUUGCAGGUUCAGAAUUCUCUGAGGAAGAGCUGGAGCUUGGCGUGCUGGGGCAAGGUGAGGACGAGGGAAGUCCCAAGGCAUCUUUCCAAGACAGUGAGAGCUCAACCAGCAGCCCAAGUGACCCAGAGGAAGACCAGACCAAGAAGCGCAAUCGACCAGUCCGCUCAAAAGCUCGACGAAUGGCUGCCAAUGUCCGUGAACGGAAGCGCAUCAUGGAUUACAACCAGGCCUUCAAUGCCCUGCGCGUUGCUCUUAACCAUGACCUCAGUGGCAAACGGCUCUCCAAGAUUGCCACACUGCAGAGGGCCAUAAACCGCAUCUCUGCUCUCUCAGUAUUCCUGAGCUCCAACCCUCCCAGCAAGCCCUGCACCCACCGGGAGUGCAACAGGGUGUCUGCGGUGCCAGCUGCGAUGGGAGCAUCUCGGCUUGAGCAGUCCAGGGUAACGGUUCCUCGUCUGGAGCAUCAGAGUUACAUCCCCUGGCACGCGUCCAUCUCUCACCAGAUGCCGCCACAACAAGGGCCUCACGUGCACAGGCUGCCCACAGAGCCACACAUCUACAUGGAUAGCACUGUGCCAUCAUGUCCCCCGUCACCACACUACCCUUGUUAUCCCACUGAGGGACAGCUUUAUGCCUCACAUGGACACUGCAGCAGCCCCCACAACCAUCCGCCCAGUCCCCUGCGAUACUCUCAGGUGGGUGAGGGGUACCAGCAAGGGAUAUGGGCGUCCUGUACUCAAGGAUACAUGGACACUUUUGCCGAGCCGCCUCCAGCUUUGGGGCUUCCAUGGCAGGUGAGCUACAAGCAGGAUCCGGAGCACGGACUCUCUCUGUGCUCUGACAUACUGUAA